CUGAGGCAGCCAUGAGCAGUCGAGAGGUGGUCGUUCUGAGUGUGGGAGGUGUGAAGUUUGUGACCCGGGCUGCCACCUUGCAGCAGUUCCCUGAGUCCAGGCUUGCACGCAUGGUGAGUGACGAUGACCAGGAAUUUAAACUGGUGAAUGGAGAGUUUUUUGUGGACAGGGAUGGAGCUUUGUUUAGUUACAUCAUGGACUUCUUGAGGACUCUCCAGGUGUCCUUACCAACUGAUUUCUCAGACUAUCAGAGGCUGCAGAGAGAAGCAGAAUUCUAUGGACUCUACCCCCUGGCCAACCUCCUGAGCCAAGAACAUUUGCUGAGGCCGAGGCUGGAGAUCUUGGAAGUGCGUUUUUCUCUUCAAGAAAUGCAGGCCUUUUUCCGGAUCUUUGGUUCCUGCAGUACCACCAUUGAGGCACUAGCUGAGCAGAUCACUGUGUUUACAGGGCAGCAGUCAGGACAGGGCUGGAACAGCCCUUUUGCUUCCCAGAAACCACUCGUUCCACUUCCUUUGGAAAGACCCUCUCAUCAUGAUAUGGUUUUUCUGUGUGGGACCGAGUAUUCUGCUGGUGACCAGUUCGUGGCCAGGUAUGUUUCCAUAAAGCCUGAUAAGAGGAAGCUGAUUAAUGGUACUAACGUGCUAGGCCUGCUGCUUGACACUUUGCUCAAAGAUGGAUUUCGCCUCAUAAGCACCAGGACAGUCCCCAGUGAAGAGAAGGCUGAAUGCUACACUUUUGAAAGGAUGAAGAGGGCAGCAGGCCUUGCCAUCAUGGUGAACCAAACCCCAGGGAGCUCUGGGGUGGCACAGGCAAGGAGAAGCCAAGUACAGAAAGGGAAAUAAGGGCUUUUCCUUCCGUCUUUUGAAUGUAGAAGAGGGAUGCCUCAGCACUAGUGACCUUUUCUUUUUGUUGUUUUGGCAUGUUUGAAACUGCAGCUAUUGAGGGAAGUAACAAAUACAUUUUCUUUCAAGUAUUUAGGGGGAAAAAUUGUUUUCUUGCCUUUUAUCGCUGUGCCUUCUUUAAGUAAAAGAAGCCCAGAUUCAGUACUGGGUUUGUGGACCAGAUUUCAGCAA